AUGAGUUCACACCUCCGAGCCGACGUAUGGGUCUCCUCGCGUCUGCCCAUCGCCAUACAGCGAGAGGGGCAAACAAGCGCCUUCUCCCCAAUCUCCUGCACCCUUAUCCACGGCACCAACGAGGCUGUCCUAGUCGACACCCCGAUCUCGAUCACCCAGACCGAAGAACUAAUCCAAUGGAUCGAAGCCACCGCACCCGGAAAAACACUCAAGUACAUCUACAUCACGCACGGGCACGGCGACCACUGGUUCGGGAUCCCGGUGCUCCUACAGCGAUGGCCAUCCGCACGGGCAAUCGCCACUCCAGCAACCGUGGCACAUUCGCAAGGCCAGCUUGAGCCAGACAAGUUCGUCAAUAUCUGGACGCGGUUCUUCCCGGCCCAGAUCUAUCAGCCGCAGAAGACGGCCGAACCGUGGCCGUCUACUACCUUCACGAUGGAGGAUCAUGUAUUUCGGAUCGUAGAUGUGGGACACACGGACACGCAUGACUCGACGGUUCUGUGGGUUCCUGAUCUGCGUCUCGUCGUGGCGGGUGACGUUGUGUAUGGCGAUGUGCACCAGUUCUUCGGGGAGGCGGAUACGACGAGCAAACGCCGGGAAUGGCUGAGGGCGUUGGAUACGAUCGAGGCGCUUGAGCCUCAUAUUGUGGUUGCGGGGCAUAAGAGGGCUGGGACGGUGGAUGGCGUGUUUAAUAUCCAGAGUACGAGACGAUAUAUCCAUGCGUUUGAGGAUGCGGCUUCGACGGCGUCGAGCCCUGAGGAGCUCUAUCGCAGGAUGCAGGAGUUGUUCCCGUCGAGGAUUAACCCACACGCCAUUCUAGCGGGUGCGAAGGCGGCAUUUGGACAGAAUGCGUAUGAAUUCAAAGAGGCUUCGUGA